AUGUCUGAAAAUCUUAUUCAUCAAGUUCAUGAAGAUGACUGGGGCAUUGGGGUACCAGAUUGUACUGGGGUGGUGCCGGGUGGUACUGUGGCUGAAGUAUCGGAUCAUACUGGGGUGGUGCUGGGUGGUACUGUGGAAGAGCAUAGUCAUACUGAGGUGGCUCGGGAUCCUCUUGCUGUAGGGGUGGCUAAACCUGUGGCAGCGGGGGAGGGUCAGAUUGAAAGUUAUUUGAUGCCACCAUUUAAAGGGCCAGAAUGGGGAGAAGAGAAAGAUAAAUGGCUUGUUUUUCGAGGAAUUCGUGACCUAAUUAUCAAAGGCUCUAACCAAAUCGAUGGUCGUGGUUCUAAUUGGUGGAAAUCUUGCAACAAUGCAUUGUCAUUUGAAGACUGUAGCAAGCUUCGUGUGGGUGGUAUAACACACAUCAACAGCGCAAGAAAUCACAUAUCUAUAUAUAAUUGUGUAGACGUACUCCUCGAAGAUCUUCGUUUGUAUGCUCCCAAUGAUAGCCCUAAUACUGACGGCAUUAACAUUGGUCAAUCUAGGAACAUUCAAAUUGUUGACACCUUUAUUGGCACAGGUGAUGAUUGUGUUGCAAUCAAUUCUGGAAGUUAUAAUAUUACUAUUACACGUAUGACAUGUGGGCCGGGUCAUGGUAUAAGUAUUGGAAGUUUAGGAAAGAAUGGAGAUGAGGCAAAAGUGGAGGACAUACAUGUUAAAAAUUCUAUUUUAAAUGCAUCUGACAAUGGAGUAAGGAUCAAAACAUGGCAGGGAGGAAAAGGAUAUGUUAGAAAAAUCUCAUUUGAAGAUAUUACAUUCAUAGGAGUGGCAAACCCUAUUGUCAUUGAUCAAUAUUACUGUCCUUAUCAGAUAUGCAAUGAACAAAGUAAUGCAGUUCAAAUAAGUGAUGUUUCUUACAUUAGAGCACGAGGAACAACUAGAACCAGUAAAGCGAUCAUCUUAAAUUGUAGCAAAACUGUUGGGUGCAAUAACAUUAUGCUCGAUGGAAUAAACAUAUCAGCAGUUGAUAAUAAAGCAGUCUCAGCUACCUGCAUUAAUGCUCAUGGAAGUUGGCGUAAUUCAAAUCCUCCUGUGAACUGUCUUAAUUAG